AUGCAGCUCAAGAACCUCGUCGUCGCCGUCGCCGCGGGCUUCGUCGCCUGUGCAGUCGCAAGCGAUCCGAAUGAAGGCAAAGAGGCCGUCACCGCCACCAACAAGGACAGCUCCACCCUCACGCACGUCAAGAUCGUGGACGUCUUCGCCGCCGUCUCGGUCUCCACGGCCUUCUCGACCAACUACGUCACCGUCUACGCCUGCCCGUCCUCCGUCACCGACUGCCCGGCCUCGACCAUGACUUCCGUCGUGGCGGCGUCGACGACCGUCUGCCCGCUCACCCUGACGUCGGUCUCGACUUCGAUCCCGGCUGUCCCGAUCCCGACGACCCCGUCUUCUGGUGCGCUGACUGGUGGUGUUACGGGGAGUGCGCCGAUGUCUUCUGAGGGUCCCUCGACGUCGACUACGAUUAUCACGCUCACUACCACGCGUUCUCGCACUGGGACUGUGACGAUUUCGUCAAGCAGCACCAUGGCGACUUCGUCGUCUGCCGUGGUCUCUUCGUCGCCAGCGCCGUCAGGCCCAGCAUCGUCGGGACCCACGUCGUCCGGCCCUGCACCUUCUCGCCCUGCACCCUCCGGGCCACCCUCUUCUGGUCCAGCGUCGUCCAGCAAGUCUGCAGUCUCCAGCACAUAUGGCGGCAGCAGCACCCCAACUGCAUCCGCCUCUGCUGGCACGACUUACUCCGGACCUGCGCCCAGCGGCGGCCUGUCUGGCGGCGUUACUGGAUCUGCCAGCUCUUCGUCGGUGACUUCCACCUCCACCACUGUGCUCACGUCAACCGUCACCAGCACGACUCAGGUCACUGUUUCGGCGUCUGCUUCUGGUUCUUCCGCCUCUGGGCCUGCCUCUUCCGCCACGCUUUCGGGCACUCAGCCACUCGUUCCAGGCAACAGCAGCAUGACCGCCAGCUCGUACCCAGCAUCGUCGCCACCCGCCAGUGGCUACCCCACCAACUCUCCCGCUGGCUACACCUACGGCACUGCAGGUCCCAGCGGCAGCCUUGCGGGUGCUGUCGGGGCGACUGGUACUGGCACCGGAUAUCCUCCCCAGGCUACCAACGGCACCGUGGUCUCGCCAACUCCUUCUCAGGUCCCCGCCACUGGCUUCGCUGCGCCCAGCUUCGAUUCCAAGGUCUUCCUUUGCUUCGUUAUCGGCGUGGUCACGGCUGUCCUCCUCAUCUAG